AUUUUCUCAUAACUUUUGUUCUGAAUUUUUGCUCUACUAGAAGAAUCUUUACACAACAUAUAUAUAAAGUUUCAAAAAAAAAAAAUCAGCUAUAUAAACCGCUUAAAAGUAUCUUCUUCAUCAUCACAACACUUACACAAUGGACACAAUGGAAGCUCUUUCUUGGGUUAUCUUAGGCCUGGCAUGGAUAGCUGCCAUAGCCUUCCUGAAAAAAAUCUCAUCUUCGUGGGGCCAUCCACGAAAAUUUCCACCAGGUCCUAAACCAUGGCCUAUUAUUGGCAACCUUCAUCUCAUCGGUUCACUCCCUCACCAAUCUUUUCACAAACUAUCCCAAAAAUAUGGAGAAAUAAUGCAACUCAAGAUUGGCUCUUUCCCUGUUAUUGUUGCCUCUUCUCCAGAAAUGGCUAAGCUUUUUCUCAAGACACAUGAUCAUAUCUUUGCUUCGAGACCUCAAACUGCAGCAGGCAAGUUCAUAGCUUUUAACAAUUCAGAUAUUUUGUGGGCUCCUUAUGGACCAUAUUGGCGCCAUGGCCGUAAAAUUUACCUCACAGAGCUAUUUAGUUCAAAACGACUCGAGUCUUACAAGUACAUUCGUGUUGAAGAAAUACGAGACUUCAUGUCUUGCCUGUAUGCCUGUUCGGGGAAGCCAACUGUGCUUAAAGAUCAUCUCUCACGCUAUACCCUCAGCAUUAUAAGCAGAAUUGUGUUGGGUAAGAAGUACUUUAGUGAGUCAGAAGGCUCAAAAUCUGAAACAUCGGUUGUGACACUUAAAGAGUUUCAAGAGAUGUUAGAUGAGUUGUUCUUGCUCAGUGGAGUGCUGAAUAUUGGGGAUUGGAUUCCGUGGCUGGAUAUCUUGGACCUGCAAGGAUAUGUGAAGCGAAUGAAGGCCUUAAAGAGAAAACUUGAUCGAUUUUAUGAGCACAUAUUUGAUGAACACAAAGCUAACAGGGAAGCACUGGGGGAUAAUUUUGUGCCAAAAGACAUGGUGGAUUUACUAUUGCGGCUGGCUGAUGAUGAUACCAACCUUGAUAAUAAGCUAACGUGUGAUAGAGUUAAGGGCAUGACACAGGAUCUCAUAUUUGGAGCCACGGAUACCGCAGCUACUGCCUUAGAAUGGGCUAUGUCUGAACUCAUGAAACAACCACAUCUUAUAAAGAAGGCAACAGAAGAACUUGAUACAGUAAUUGGCAGAGAAAGAUGGGUUGAAGAGAAAGACAUGCCACAACUUCCUUAUAUUGAUGCAAUUAUGAAAGAAACUCUGAGGAAACAUCCUGUGGCUGUCCUGCUAGCCCCACACUUGGCCCUUGAAGAUUGCAAGGUCGCUGGUUACAACAUUCGCAAAGGCACUAGAGUAUUUAUAAACACUUGGAGCUUAGGCAGAGAUCCUUCAGUAUGGGAUGCACCUGAAGAGUUUCGGCCUGAGAGAUUCUUAGGCAAAACAAUUGACAUUAUUGGCCAAAGCUUUGAGCUGUUCCCAUUUGGAUCCGGGCGGAGGAUGUGCCCCGGCUAUACACUCGGACUGAAGAUGAUGCAGUCUAGCUUAGCUAAUAUGUUACAUGGGUUUAACUGGAAGCUACCAGGCAAUAUGAAUGCAGAAGAUAUUAGCAUGGAGGAAGUUUAUGGAUUGGCAACAAUAAGAAAGUUCCCAAUUGUUGCAGUCAUGGAGCCUAGACUCCCGCGUUAUCUUUACUGGUUGAGAUAUUAAUAUAAGUUUCUGCUCUUUGUUUAAUUUUAAUAAGUGGGUGUUGAUAAUAUUCGCGUUGGUUAACAUCUUCAGUAACCAACAUAAAAUUUAUGCUUAAUAAGUUUCUGUGAGCAAACACAAACCUCAAAAUAAAGAAGU